CAAGACUUUGCUCGCUGCUCGCGAUCAGAAGCUUGGGCAAGCAAGUGCCACGGACCUCCUCGGCAGCUCUGAAAUCAAAGAUGGCGCAGUCGGACAAAGAGCCAGCGGGGCCAUCAGUACCAUCAGGAGCAUCAGCGCCGGCAACUUCGUCAUCCUCAAAGCAGAAAGUGGGGUCGUCAUCGCAAAGACCGCCUCGGGCGCGGCAUGUGCCAUCGAUGUGGACAGCGCCCCAAUCGCACAUCCCUCCGCCAUCACCGACGCAUUACGUCGAGCCACGGCGGGCCGAGACGUUCUUUAGAAGAGUCACACAUCCUUCGAACCCCAACGGACCCCCGCCAUCGCGGUGGCAGAGGUUCGCGAACCUGUCUGGAGGCCUCCUCGCCGGCGCCGUCGUGCUCUACAGCGUCCUUUGGGCCGACUUUGGCGACCAUGAGCACGUCUUCAGCCCGAUUCGAAGGGCGCUCAACACGCAAACACACAGCCCUUUCGCGCUGUCCGAAGAAGAAAGGACGCUGGUCGCCCAAUCCGUCCCACGCGACGACAGGACAACACAGAAGAUGGUGUGAUGCGCCUCGCUGCUGCUGAUCUCUGUCUGUACUUGUAUCGUUUCCCAUCUGCAAUCUCAAAUCCUUGC